CUCAACCGGAACCCUCAAGGUCCUCCAGGCUUCAGUGGGUGCUAUCUCCGCAGUCCACUCCGACAUCACAUCGCGCUUCAUAACCAUGCCUCUCCACCUCCUCGGCAAAAAAUCAUGGAACGUCUACAACCCCGCCAAAAUUGCCCGCGUGCGGCGCGACGAAGCCGAGGCCCGCGCGCGGGAAGAGGCCGAGGAGCAGCGCAUGCAGCAAGCCGACGCUGACCGCCGGCUAGCCAUUCUGCGCGGCGAAAUCCCACCUCCCCUCGAAGAGGCUCCUUCAUCUAAGGAGCUUUCGACGGCACCGCCCCGCGACGGUAAUCGCAGCAGCGGUUGGACCCCCGGCACGACGGGGCGCAAGCGAAAGCGCCACGGGGAAGAUGACACAGAUUACGAGAUGCGCCUGGCGCGGGAGCGAGCCCUGGUUCAGGGCAGCGACAGUCACCGCGGCGAAGAACCAGGCAAACCUUCUCAGAGCAGCAGCAGCAGCGCGGCGCUGGUCGACAGCACGACAGGGCAUAUCACCUUGUUCUCCGAGGCUGACGUGCGAGCCGCCGAGAAGAAUGAGGAGCACGAGUGGGAGGCGGCGCGCAAGAAGCGCGAACUGGCGGACCAGUACCAGAUGCGCUUCGCCAACGCGGCCGGCAGGGACGGGCAGGAAAGCCUGACGGGGCGGGGGCCGUGGUAUGCCUCUGCCGACGGCGAGGCGUCGGCGGCCCUAGUGCCGAGUCGAGAUGUUUGGGGAAGGGAGGACCCCGGCAGGAAGGUCCGGGAGGCGGUGCGGCUGGGUGCGAGUGAUCCGCUCGCUAUGAUGAAGAGCGGCGCGGCGAAAGUGAGGGAAUUGGAGCGGGCGAGGAAGCGGGAGGCGGAGGAGAGGGAAAGGGAAUUGGAGGCGCUGAGAAAGGAAGAGCGGAGGAGGGAGAGGAAGAGGAGAAGGGAACUGGAAAGUGAUAGACGGAGCGAGCGGCCGAGGGAUAGUCCGGAUAAGGGAGAUUAUCACUCAGGGCGAGAGCGCGCUCACAGGCGUCGAGAUGCAGAUGGGGAAGAACUGCCCAGGCGCCGGAGCAAAGAGCGUGAGAAAAGGCCAGACGAUGUCGAAGAGGAUGGACAUGAGAAGCGGCGCCACAGGAGCGAUGGCAGGCGCCGCCAUCGCCAUCGCUCAAGAAGCAGAGACAGAGAUAGAGCCAGAGACAGAGCCAGAUCCACCCAUAACCAUCGCUGACCAGCAGCGUCCGUCCCAUAAAAUACACAAACAAUGACCUU